AUGAACUUUGUGAUAGUCAUUUUUCUAGCAUUUGUUUCUGCUGAACUAUCAUUAGUUAUUGAAAUAUCAAAAGAAGGCCAAAGGACACCAUCAAAAAAUUUCCCUUGAGGUUUAAAAGAAGAUCCUAGUAUUCUUUCUAGUCAAGGAUUUGAUAAGCAGUAUCAAAUUGGACAAAAAAUCAAAGAAAAAUAUUACAAUUUAAUCCAUCCUUAUUAUACUGAUGAUGACAUUCUAGCUAGAUCUUGCAAUUCUUCAAGCUGCAUAUCAAGUAUUAAAGCUCAACUAGAAGGGAUCUAUGGAAAAUCCUAUAAUUUUAAAAUUAAUUUCACACAAGAAGCAGAUGAUUUUUUAUUCAGGCCACAAGAUUCAUGCCCAAGAAUUCGAUGACUAAUGACGCCCAGACUGCAAAGCAAAGAUUGGCAAGAAAUCUGAAAAAAAGUCCUUUCACAUAGCGAAAAAUAUAAAAAGUUUAUAGGAAAUGAUAUAGAUAUACAAAAAAUAUAUGGCCUAGGAGAAGCUUUAAAAUCAUAUAAAGAACGAAAAAUUGAUUUUCCAUCAGAGCUCACAAAAGAAGAAGCUGAAAUUGCUAUUGAGGCAUAUUACAGAUUUCAUGACACAGUUAUUUUUGCAUCAAUAGAGCAAGGGAUUCUGGCUACCAAUGAAAUGAUGAUCAAUUUGUUUAGAUCAAUAAAUUAUGAGAUAACAAAGCCAAGCCAAGUCAGCCAAAAGUUUCAUAUAUAUUUAGGAGAUGAUGCAUGGUAUAUGGCGAUUAUGAGAACUCUAGGAAUGGAUUUUUCCCCAUCAGCUGCUUCAGCUCUUUUUAUUGAGCUCCAUAGAAUAGAUGAUGAUAAAAAGAUUAGGUUUUGGCAGGAAAAUUCGUAUGUGGAAGUCCCUGGAUGUGGAUUGGAAUGCGAUUUUAGAGAUUUUGAAGAUAUUAUACAACUUAAUUAAUAAUUAAGGGUUUUUUAACAUUCUAUGCCAGAUUACCCAUGGAAUAUUGUCAAAUUGGCCUAAUGGCACUCUUGGGCAAUACCUUAGCCUCCUCUUUAUUAGAAUUAAAAUCCAAUCCUGAAAGCAGACUAGGAAUAGGUUCCGUACGCUGCCCAUUACUUACCUAGCAUAGCUGUCCAUUUUUUGGGUUGUGCUUGAGGCUGCAGAGCCAAAAUAUCAUAUUUAAUUAUAAAGAUUUUAUUACAAAUAGAAAUUUUAAGCCAGAGCAUAAGCAUCGAAAACUUUGCAUGAUUAUAGGAGAAAUAGAGGAAAAUGGAGAAAUAUUGAAAUAUGCUCUUAUCAUUUUGUCUUGCUUGUUUGUUUCGGUUUUGUUUAAAUUCCAUGAACAGCUUUCAGUAUGGGUACAGAAAAAAUUCAAAUCAGAAUAA